AUGGAGGCAAAAGGUUGCAACGGUAUCGAACAUUCCAAUGAAAUUAUAAAUAAACUUCCGAAAGCGUUGACUAAUCAUGUGACUCCUAUCGUUAAUAGUCAACAAGUGUCAGAGAAAAAAGUUCUUCCAGUUUUUCCUUGGUUUGCUAUUGAUAUCGGUGGAACGCUAGUUAAACUUGUUUAUUUUGAACCGCUUGAUUUAACACUCGAUGAAAUUCGGACUGAAGGUGAAAUUCUCAUGAAUAUUCGUCAUUAUUUAGUAUCGAAUCGUGCAUAUGGCGAAGAUGGGUUUCGGGAUGAUGAUCUUGAAUUGAAGAAUAUAAAAUUCGGCGGCCGCCGAGGAAAUCUCCAUUUUAUUAGAUUUCCCACGUCGAAAAUGCCAAAUUUUAUUGAUUUAUGCAUUAUGAAGCAUCUGCAUACAUUAACUUUUCAAGUUUUCGCAACAGGCGGGGGUGCCUAUAAAUUCGAAUAUGAUGCAGUUGAAAAAUUAAAAUUGAGUUGGCACAAAUGUGAUGAACUUGAUACAUUAAUAAAAGGCUUGAGUUAUUUAAGCAAACUUAAUCCCAACGAAUGUUUCUAUUACGAAGAACCACAAAAUGAGGCUAACCCAAAUAAACAUCCAUUUAAAUUUGAUAUUCAAAAUCCAUUUCUAUUGGUGAAUAUUGGCAGUGGAAUCAGCAUACUACAUGUGGAAUCUGAAACAAGCUAUCGUCGUAUAAGUGGCACAAGUAUAGGUGGCGGUACGUUUUUGGGUCUAUGUUGUUUAUUAACGGGCUGUUCAAGUUAUGACGAAGCAAUUCAGUUGGCCACUGCAGGUGACAGUACAAAAGUUGAUAAAUUAGUCAAGGAUAUCUAUGGUGGUGAUUACGAACGGUUCGGUCUACCAGGUCACAUUGUAGCAAGCAGUUUUGGUCAUAUGAAUCUAUCGGAAAAACGUGAUCAAGCAACAAAAGCUGAUUUAGCUCGAUCGACUUUAGUAACCGUUUUAAAUAAUAUCGGUUCAAUUUCCAUGAUGUGUGCUCGAACAGAAAAUGUGAAUCGAAUAUUAUUUAGCGGCAGUUUUUUGCGUAUUAACGAUUUGUCAAUGCGAAUAUUAGCAUUUGCUAUGGAUUAUUGGUCGCGCGGUAAAAUUAAAGCAAUUUUUCUUGAACAUGAGGGAUAUUUUAGUGCUGUCGGUUCUUUAAGAGAAUUUAUACGGGAUAACGAUGAUCUUACCACUACUGCAACUACUACUCAAAAUUAA